AUGGCCAAUUGGACCGCUUUCACUUCCGACAGCUCACCCAAGGUCCCAAAUCGUCCCGCUCCCCCGCCACCCAAAGUGAACAAGCCUUUAACUCAAUCGAGAUUAGCAAAAGCUCUAUCAUUGAAACAGUCAAAAUCGCUCAAUGGUUUUCAACAACCUGUAAAGAAGAAACCUCCACCUAGACCACCUCCCCCUAAAUUCGCACAAACACCUAAAAGUCAAGGAAAAGCUGGUUUGUCAUCUUUAAUUGGAUUUAAAACCAAGCAUACGGUUCCAACACCCUCUUGGGUUGCAAAACCCAAAGAAAUACCUAAGUCUUCAAGUACUUCUCAGAUGGUGGGUUGUCUUAUAGACUUUGGUUCACCUCAAACAUCUCCUACAUCUACUCAUAAAUCUAGUAGUGAUGGAAAUAGUGUUGAUAGCUUCAACAGUGAUUUCGGGCCAUGGAAAGGUUCUCAAGCUGAAAGCAGUGGUUUUGAAGAUGAUUUUGAUUUAUUAUGUUCAAAUGCAGAUAUGGAUUAUUUCAAAAACCGCUUUUCAAUUGAAAAUUCAUUACCACCACCUACGUUACCUCCACCAAUGUUACCACCAGAUGCCCUAAAUGUAUUAUUAAAUGGUCCUAAAUUACCUCCAAGGCCAAAUGAGAUGCAAACUCAACUAUCAAAAUCACAGUCCAAGUGUAUUGCUCAAUUUGAUUACAUGUCUGGUCAUGUAGAUGAUCUAGCUUUUAAGAAAGGAGAUGAAAUUUUCAUAACACGACGUGUUAACGAUGAAUGGUUAGAAGGUACAUUGAAUGAGCGCACUGGAAUGUUUCCCAUUAGUUACGUUGAAGUAACUGAACCAUUACCCAAGGAAUCUCCAACCAAUCAAGAAAUCCGCAAAGUAAUAGCUGUGUUUGCAUUUAAACCAGAAUGCUGGGAAGAUCUAACUAUACAAGAAGGCGAUCAAAUUCAAGUUUUAAGAAGAAUCGAUGAAAAUUGGUUAUACGGGGAAUGUAAUGGAUCUAAAGGUCAGUUUCCAUCAAAUUUUGUCACUGAACUACCUGAUGAUUUAUAA